ACCAGCUGUUGCUUGCCCCUCAUGGACAUAUGGAUGGAUAUUCAUAUUUUCUUCUUCAAGCGCCCCUUUAACUGGGUUGUCUGUUUUCUACAAGACUUCCCCAUUUCCAAAGAGACUUGGUGGCUUACACACGGCUUCAGCUAUGGGGAAUUGCUGCAGAAGACCUGCCAAAUGUGCCCAUGCUUCUUCUACUCACUUUUCUGCCCAGUCUGAUCGUACAAAGCCCCCCAGUAAGGCAUAUAAGGAUUCAACUUCUUCCAGCCAGCAUACACCUUUUGGAACCUUGAACAAAAUUUUGGUAUCAUCCAAAAGUGAUAUAUCUGCCUCCAAUAGUGUCAAGGACUUUAGCUUCAAUGAUCUCAAGAAUGCCUCCAAGAACUUCCGCUCAGAGAGCCUUCUUGGUGAGGGAGGAUUUGGGUGUGUUUUCAAAGGCUGGCUUGAUGAGAACACUUUAGCUCCCACCAAACCUGGGACGGGGAUGGUAGUGGCCAUCAAGAAACUCAAGACAGAAAGCUUUCAAGGCCACAAGGAAUGGCUUGCGGAAGUAAACUACUUAGGUCAGCUUCACCAUGAAAAUCUCGUGAAACUCAUCGGGUAUUGCUCAGAGUCUGAGAAUAGACUUCUGGUAUACGAGUUUAUGUCAAAGGGAAGUUUGGAAAAUCAUUUAUUCAAAAAAGGUGUUCAACCAAUAACUUGGGCUACACGGAUGAGUAUCGCUAUUGAUGUUGCGCAAGGAAUAUCCUUCUUACAUAGUUUAGAUGCCAACGUAAUCUACCGUGAUUUAAAAGCUUCAAACAUUCUGCUUGAUUCGGAUUUUAAAGCAAAGCUUUCAGAUUUUGGCUUAGCAAGGGAUGGUCCUACUGGAGAUAACACUCAUGUUUCAACCAGAGUCGUGGGAACUCGGGGUUAUGCAGCCCCUGAAUAUGUUGCAACAGGUCAUUUAACCCCAAAGAGUGAUGUAUAUAGCUUUGGGGUAGUCUUGUUAGAGCUGCUAUCAGGUAGAAGAGCAAUGGAUGAUGAGAAGGCUGGGGGUGUUGAAGAAACUCUAGUAGACUGGGCAAAACCUUUUCUUAGUGACAACAGGCGAGUUCUGAGAAUCAUGGAUACUCGGUUGGGUGGUCAGUACUCGAAGAAAGGAGCUCAAGCUGCAGCAUCACUUGCAUUGCAGUGCCUCCACACAGACCCCAAAAACCGGCCACUUAUGACAGAUGUUCUAGCCGCACUGGAGCGACUUCCCACAUCAAGGGACAUUCCUAGGACCCCGUCGCCUAGGGUAGAAUAUCACAGUAUGAAGCAUUCAUCAAAUCCCGGUCACACUCACAAGGCAACAGCCGGAGCCACAAACUUGGUAUGAUGGGUGUAUUUUGGUUUCCUCAUUGGUAGAUGCAUUCAAAUAGUUGUAAUUGGUACAUAGACAUAGAAAAAUGUACAAGAGAUACUGCACAUAUUUGGAAUGAGUGUAAGGUUGUUGUCACCUUUGUAGCAGUUUUGUUCUUUGUGAAAAUUUUGUUGUACUGAGAAUCCAGACAGGAUUUUCUUAGUAAAAUAUGAACUCAGAUUCUUACAUCAUUUUAUUUUUU